UCAUUCAAUGUUGUUCUUGUUACCAUUUUCCGUCUGAGAGCUAGUGUUUUUCAUGAACGCUAGCUAUAAAUAGCAUCUAUCUUAGUAUAGAAAUUACUGUAAUUAUUAUUGGUACAUCUGUAAUUUAGUUGCUUAUUUUACAAAUUUUCUUAUUAAAAGUUGAACCGGCAUAUUAUUAAUUUUGGUGCCGGAAAAUCAAAUAAAAUGAGCUACCGAGAUACCUAUUCUCUAUAUCCGAGAUAUCCUUCUUACUCAGCGGCUAAUGAACAGCGAGUAGGCUCCUACCUAAGGACAUUAAUGAAUUAUGGUUCGACGCCGUCUCCGGUCUUAAGCUCGGUGUCUUCUUUUCGAUCCCGGCCUUACACUGGCCUGGGCGUCACGUACAACCCUACGCCGGACGUAAAUGAAGUAUAUCCGGGUCUAUUCGUCGGAGAUGCGGUGGCGGCAAAAGACAAGGUCUUUCUGCGACGUAUGGGUAUAAACUACGUGCUAAACACGGCUGAAGGCAAGCGAUACACGCAAGUGGACACAGAUCAUCUCUAUUACCGCGAUUGUCCCGGCCUACGCUACAAGGGUUUUCAACUGAUGGAUCUUCCGACGACGGAUAUAUCUAAGUACUUCCAUAUUGCCGCAAGCUUCAUCGAUGAGGGAAUAUCUCGUGGAGGUCGCGUGCUCGUGCACUGCAUGAUGGGUGUUUCAAGGUCAGCUACUUGCGCAAUCGCCUUCCUAAUGAUCAAACGAGGCAUGACCUUAACUGAGGCACUCGCUCUAGUUCGCUCCCGACGCGACAUCCACCCCAAUGAUGGUUUUAUCCGCCAGCUGCAAGAGCUAGACAGGGAACUGCGCCUGUCUCGGGUCCGCUGACAUCAGACCCCCCUUCCGCCUCUCUACAGUUGGUCACUCGAAUACGGCAGUUCUCAUCUACGCGUGCGAAGUCUCGACCGAGCUUACUCUAGUCGAUAUUAAAUAUGCAACUGAUUUGGUCCUAUUGAACAACGAUUUCGAGUUUACAAACUGAAAUGAGCGAAUAUAACAAUUUUUUCUAACUGUUUUAAAAUCUUAUAUUAAAUGUUAUUGUAUGUACAAGUACAAAGUUUUCCUUUGUUGAUCGAAUAUGUAUCAGAUGGCAUAACUUCGUCUGGUCGUAAAAAAUAGUAUAUUUUUCAGAUAAAAAUUAAAAAUAUUUAUUGUGGAAUGUUAAAAUAUUCUCGUGUGCCAUUUUAUUUUACUAUUGAUAGAUAAAACUGCUUUUAUUUUUUAUAUUGUUAUCUUUGAAUCUAGUAUUAUAAUAUCACUGUGUCCAACAUAUGCAUAUAUAAUACUUCACUGCUUCCAGUGACCAAAAAUAAGUUUUACUAUAGUACAAUUUACUAGCCUUAAAGCUAUGAAAAAAAAAUCGAUAAAUACCAUACAAACAAAGAUGGGCUUUAUUAUAUCACAAAGUUUUCGUCCAAAAUUAUCAAAAUAUAUUUAAAAGAAUACCGCCGGUGUAAUAUUAAAAGUAUAAAAUAUUAUUAUAUAACUUAUGACGUUUUGGGCGAAACCUGUAGUCCCACGAAUAAGUUAAGUUCUUUAAGACUGGUUAUUAUGGGACUGGAGUGAUGUUUUAACGAUGUAUAUGUAGCGAAGUCCUUUGUGUGCGUCAGGCAAAGGCACGCACACAAACAGUCGGCCGUGACCACUCAUUGUUGGGGUCUCGUUGCCAACUUGUGAUAUUUGGCUGCACACGCAUCAUGUGUCAUUGUUCUAAUUCUAUUUUUGAUAUCACCUUUUCAUUAACAUCAAAUAAAAUCACUUUCAUUUGUUUACGUCAUCUAUGAAUAUGCUAUUGUAGAGUACCUAAGUUAUUCCAAUUCCUUCAUGUUAAUAACCAAUUAAUUAUAUUAUGUAUAUUCUACUCAGUAUAAGUUAAUUAUAACAGAUUUUUGUUUUGCUUGUAGUCUGUUUUAAUAGUUUAAAUGCACGUUAGUUUGGGUCCAACAUUGUCUUAGAACAGGUCUUCAUAUAAAGAUAUAAAUGAUCAACCAUCUAUAAGUAAAGGUAGACUUACUCAAACAACUGCAUUCAAGUUAAAAGCAUUUUGAUUAUGCAAGUAAUAAAUAAUAUUUCAAUUAGUUUGGACUUGAUUAUGCCUGUCAAAAUAAAAACAAUUGUGAUUGUUGGUCGGCCUUUGGGUUCUUUUAAGGUCACUUUUGUAAAUGUAUUCAUGUUCAUUAACAAUUUAAUUAAUGAUGACUAUGAUGAUAAUGAUAAGUGAUUUAGUUAUUGCAUUAAUGCCAUAUAGAGUUUAGAACUUAUUUAACAAUCUUUGUAGCCAUACAAUGUAUAAAAUAUAUUCUAUUAAAAUAGUCUUUAUACAGCUAUAUGAAUAUUUUCACAUUUUAAUUAAAUAUAGGGUCAGAUUAUGGUAUUUUUGAAUCGUAAUAAGAAUUAAAACAUUCAAAGAAUGUAGUUACAUUAUUUAUUAAUAAUAGAUUUUAAAUGUGGUUUGAGGCUUAUGCAGGUCUAAAACUUGCAUCCACUGUAAUGUUGUGUAGCAGAUACAAGUACAAGGGGACAACUGUUGUGAUAUUGAAAAAUGGAUUGAAUACUCGAUAAGCUUUUUUUCUAAUUAUUUUUUGAAGUAUAUUUUUAUGUGUAAAGGAUUCUCUCUUUAAAAUAGUUGUCAUAGCUUUUUAUUGAGUCAUUGUGUUGCCUUAUAUAGCCGAGCUAGUUAGUGCUGGUGUUAAGUUUAGUUGAAAUAUUUAUUAUCUAUAUAGGUAAUCUCUUAUUUAAAACGAUCAUAUUAUUUAAAUUUUUAAAACGUUUUUUUAUAACUGUGAUAAAUAUUUUAUGGUAGAUAAUCUUUUUAAAAUGAAAGAUGAUGAUAUGAGUCCAAAUAUGUUGUUAACUGUUAUUGUCAUGUUCUAAGAAUGUCGAAGAUUGUUUUGUCAUCAUGUAAUGGUAUUACCUGCUGUAUAAUUUAGUUUUAGGUUCAACCAUAGAACAUUAAUAAGAAAAUGUAAAAUUAUUAAUUAUAAUACUAUUUAU